GCAACUUUUGCUACACACUGCAGGCUACAGCUUUAAUGCACAAGACCAUCUUUUUCUCAGAUCAGCAUUUCCCAAUACUUUAAAUCAAUCUACAAAACCUUUCUCUUUCUCUCACUUUCUCUCUGAAAAAACUCAUUGCUGAAAAAGAUUUGAAAAGAGAAAAAAAAUGGAACAUAUUUCAACUUAUAAUUUCUUGACAUUUUUGCUUCUGUUUGUAGUGUUCAAUGUGGUUAAAGGACAGCCUCUUGUUCCUGCAUUGUUCAUAUUUGGAGAUUCUGUUGUUGAUGCAGGAAAUAACAAUAACUUAUACACAAUUGUUAAAUCAAACUUCCCUCCUUAUGGAAGAGACUUCAACAAUCAAAUGCCAACAGGAAGGUUUUGUAAUGGAAAACUUGCAGCAGAUUUUACAGCUGAAAACCUUGGAUUUACUACUUAUCCACCAGCUUACCUCAACUUACAGGAAAAAGGAAAAAACCUGUUAAAUGGUGCCAACUUUGCUUCUGGUGCUUCUGGCUACUUUGAUCCUACAGCCAAGCUUUAUCAUGCAAUCUCAUUGGAGCAGCAGCUGGAACACUAUAAAGAAUGCCAGAAUAUAUUGGUAGGAGUAGCAGGGAAAUCAAAUGCUUCAUCAAUUAUUUCUGGUGCUAUAUAUCUUGUUAGUGCUGGGAGCAGUGACUUUGUUCAAAAUUAUUACAUAAAUCCUCUACUUUACAAGGUUUUUACUGCUGAUCAAUUCUCAGAUAUUCUCAUGCAACACUAUACCAUUUUCAUUCAGAAUUUGUAUGCACUUGGGGCAAGGAAAAUUGGUGUAACAACCUUACCUCCAUUGGGUUGCCUGCCAGCAGCCAUCACUCUCUUUGGCUCUCACAGCAAUGAAUGUGUGGACAGGCUAAACAAUGAUGCUCUUAACUUCAACACUAAGCUAAACACCACAUCACAGAACUUGCAAAAAGAGCUUAGUAACCUCACAUUGGCUGUCCUUGAUAUCUACCAACCUCUCCAUGACCUUGUCACUAAGCCUACAGAAAAUGGGUUUUAUGAAGCAAGGAAGGCUUGUUGUGGAACUGGCUUGAUAGAGACAUCUAUAUUGUGCAAUAAGGACUCCAUAGGAACGUGUGCGAAUGCAACUGAAUAUGUAUUCUGGGACGGUUUUCAUCCCUCUGAGGCUGCAAAUAAGGUUUUGGCUGAUGAUUUGCUAAUUUCUGGCAUCUCUCUCAUAUCCUAAUCCAACAUUUUUUUCGAUCCCUAGCAACUUUAUUAAAAUUAUUAUUAUUAUUAUUUUACUUUUAUGUGUUAUGUGUGGCUGCUGCUGUUGUUAAAUGCGUUUGGCUCAUGUAUAAGGAGCUUGAAUAUGAUUAAUUAUAAGCUAGGUUUUCCAUUAUUGUAAUAAGACCAAUGUUCUUGAGAGCUUUCUGUAAAUUUUCUGUUUGAGUGUUCAA